AUUUUGUUUUUCUUUUUAUGUAUAUUGUAAUUGUAAAAUUAAUUUUGUGAAUAGUAUGUUAAUUAUGGGCUGUCACUUGUCAAUAUUAAGUAUUAAUAAUCCGAAAUCCGUAUUCGUUUAUUCUUAGUGUGAUUGUCGAUAAAAAUUAUGUCUGGUUAUUUUGUUUCGUUUAAUUGAUUCAUAUUUUAAAUGUAUAUGUUUUUCCUCACUUCAAGUUUCAUCAAGACAUAAAGUAAGAACAAAAUUAUUGUUUUCCGAGUGUUGUUCACCAUGAGUGAUGAAAAACAAUCAGAUGAUACAUCCCAAGCAGAAAUCGUAAACAGUGAAAAAGAUGAACAGAAAGAUAACAGUGACAGAGGAAAAACAGACAAAGUUAAAAUUGAUAUUUUGCUAAAGGCGACAGGUGACGCUCCUAUAAAAAAAAAAAAAUGGGCUGUGGAUGCUGAGAAACCUAUCGGAUGGAUCAUGGAAUUUGUUAAAAAGUACCUAAAACUAGAACCUGAAGAAAGAUUGUUUCUAUAUGUCAAUCAAACAUUUGCACCGUCCCCUGACCAGCUGAUCAAGAAUUUGUAUGAAUGUUUUGGGACGGACGGUAAACUAGUGCUGCAUUAUUGUAAGAGUCAAGCUUGGGGAUGAAUCAUAUGAGUUAUAAUAUAUUUUGGUUUAAUUUCAAUUGAUCACAACACAAGUUCUUUCUGUAAAACGUACAUCAUCGUACUUCAUUAUCUCAUGUUUUGGUUUUAUGAUGUUUCAUUAUAAUUUGAUGGUCCUAAUAUAGCCUGAAGAGAUUUUAAUUUUUUUUUCAUAAUUAUUAAAAAACACACACCAAAAAACGCUUUAAAAAUAAUAUCAUUUCUAACGUGUUCAGUGACGCAUUCCAAAGAUUUAUUACGUCAUAACAUUUAGUCUUUGUUUAUAUAAAUUGGAAAAUUUUAA